GAGAGCACGGUAUACUCGUAAUAUUUACGUUUUAUAAUACAUUGCUUGCGAGUGACGGAAUCCAUGCGAUUACUGUGAAGUAUUCGAUAUUUAAAUUCAUUAUUAACAAUCUGGGGAAACGUACGUGUGUUUAUGCGUUCUCUUUUUGUGUUUUGCUCUGACAACAAAUUAUUAAUUGUGCACCAUGGAUGUGGUCUUCAAUUUAAUUAAUGUUAAAACGUUUUUUAAAUAUUCGUACAACGAAAGGUUAGAAUUAAAACAAAAAGGUAGGCCAUUGCCAGACCUUGUCAUCGAACAACCUUCCUCGAGCAAAGGCAAAAGUUAUUAUACACGUAAAUUUACUAGAGACAUUUACUCGAAAAAUAACUGGAUUUGCGGAUGUAACAGAAAAAAUGCUUUAUACUGUUUUACCUGCUUACUUUUUGGUGGCGGGGAUAAAGCUUGGACGCAAGUGGGAGUCACCGAUUUAGAGCACUUGACUAAGAAGAUGAAAGCACACGAGAACUCUAGAAACCACCUUCAUAAUUAUAUGGAAUUUAUGUUGCUAGGAGCAACCGAUUUUAAGGCUCAGUUAAAUUCUGCCUAUUGGAUAAAUGAACAGAGGCAUAAAGAAAAUGUAUCAAAGAAUAGGUAUGUUAUCUCGAAAGUGAUAAAUUGCAUUAAAUUUUGUGGAGCUUUCGAAACGGUUCUUUUGGGACAUGACGAGGGCGAUAUUCCCCAUAAUCCGGGGAUAGUUCCCGGAAUAAUAAAGGUUUUUGCUGAAAUUGAGGCAACUUUAAGCGAACACUUGAAGAAUUCUUCGGUAUUUAACGGCUCCUUCAGAGAUAUACAGAACGAUCUGUUACAGUGUAUGCUUGAAGUUUGCCAGGAAGAAUUGGCCGAAGAAAUUAAGAGUUCUCCGUUUUUAGCAAUCAUGGCGGACGAAACGAAGGACGUUGUUGCCAAAUCCCAAAUGAUAGUAAUCGUUUUUAGAUAUAUCCGCGACGGUGAGCCAAUCGAACGGUUUUGGAACUACCUUAUUCCUGCGCAACGCGAUGCACGGGCGCUCAGCGACACAAUUUUAGCUAUUGUAGAUCCCCUAAUUCAAGAUUCACCCAACAAACUGAUUGCGCAGAGUUACGAUGGUGCGGCGCCGAUGAGCGAUCAGAAAACAGGCGUUCAAGCUUUAAUUAAAGAAAAGUAUCCUUUCGCUCACUAUGUACAUUGUUACGCUCACCAAUUGAAGUCGAUUAUGUCUAAAGCAGCUUCCACAAAUGGACAAGUACGCAUGUUUUUUGAGCAUUUGCAAACCAUUCUCGACUUUUUUAAUAAUUCGUCGCAAGUUGCAGAAGUGUUGAACAAGAUUGUGAUGCGAAAGAGUCUUUUUCGAUUGGAUUUAAAUAUACGGACCAUAAAUGUCGUGUACGAAAAUAGAAAGUCCCUUAUUGAGUGUACGAAAAAAAUAGAAGAUCGAUUCAGUAACGAUGCUAUCUCUAGUGCAGCCCCCUAUAUUCGUCGUACAUUAAAUGAUCCGGUCUUCAAUUUCUGGCUCACUUUUUUGCAUCGUGUGAUGCUCCACAUAGAAACCCUAUCUAAUCAAUUGGAAGAAAGACAAAUCGACCCCAAUCUACUAGGCGAUUGUAUAAAGAAAUUUGAACUUAGUAUCGUUCAGAUUCGAGAAAAUAUCGAUCAGAUCAUUAGGGAAGCAUUAGAGAUAAGCGAUGAGUCAGCGAACAUCAAACCGAUCAAACCUCAUAUCCGUGUUGCUGCUAUAAGCGUGUGUCAUAUUAUCAUAUAUUGCGCAAAAGAUCGAUUUCAUUUUAAGGAGCAUCUGGUAGUUGCGUCGCUAUUCUUUUCGGAAAACUUUGGGAAGUAUUGUGGUACGUUUCCCGAGGACAAACUCACUUGCGCGUGUUCCUGUUAUCCCUCGCUCGAUAAAAACCGAUUACGGAAUGAACUCUCAAUGAUUUAUUCUCGAAUUGAUUGCAGAGCGUUAAAUGGUGCACUACCUUUUCUAAAAUUUAUAUUGAAAAACAAUCUGGGAGAUACAUUGAGGGAAACUAGGAAAUUAUUGGAGAUUGUGCUAACGAUUCCCAUGGUAACGUCGGAGAACGAACGAUGUUUUUCAACUUUAAAACAAAUAAAAACGUUUCUCAGCAACUCGAUAAGCGAGGAUCGUUUAAAUAUCAUUGGCUUAACAGCUCUUUCGGUGUUAUCCAUUGAAAAGAAGUUUAUCACGGGAAUAGGGAAUUUUAAUGACAGAGUUAUUCGAAAAUUUGCCAAUACCAAAGAACGUAGGAUGCAUCUAAUUUUUAAUAGCGACGACUCUGAUCAACCAAACAGCUCAACUCACAGUGCCGGCAAGAAUGACAAUAUAGAAAUUUUCAACGCUGAGGAUAUGCAAAAAGAGGGUAUGCUUCCACUUCCAACUGAUCCACUUGCAGUAGAAAAUGCUGGAAAAAAUUAUAUAUUUAUCAAAACAGAAGAUAAUCUGGAGCCAUCUGAUACAAACGAAUCAAGUGCUGUUACAUACACUGAUGUUAAAGUUGAAUGUCCAGAUAUAAAAGAAGACGAUCCAUCAGACGAUAUACCUUAUGUUGAUACUGAAGAAUAUAAAAUUUUCUUCAUCGACAAAGACAUUUCAUCGUUGAAUCCGACAUCUGAUGGUACACCGGGGAAAAGGCCAGGUUCUAGCCAAGUAGAUCUCGGAAAUUGUCCACAGAAAAGGAAAAGAACGGCAGUAUCGGAAGGUGAAUCAACUAAGGGGGAUAAGUCACAUGAGUUAGGUAAAUGCUGGACCACAAUUCAUCGCAAGUUGCUGCCCGAACAGCAGCGAAUAGCCGAAAGAGCAAUCAUCAGCAUUUUAAGCGAAGCCUGUCGCGGCAAACUCAACCAGAAUUCAGUUGUGAUUAACGGUGUUUCAAUUAAGGAUCUAUAGUGUUCAAGAACACGUUCUUAUUUCGAACUCUACUUGUCAUGUGAUAGCUUUAGGAUUAAAAUAAUUGAGGGACCCACCAGAAAAGAAUAACCUGUUACUCGGUUUUUAUUUAAACAUUUAAAUAUUCGAAUGAAAAAUGUUCUAAUUUUGAUACGUGGAAACCAGUGUCGUGCGGUCGAUGGAAGUGGAGGCAGCACCAGAGGUUGAAACAUAAAGAAACCAAUAUAAUAUAUGUAAUUUUGUUUGAUAAAAAAGUGUUUACUUAAUAAAUUAUUUUUAUUAAAAAAGCAAUUGAUCCGUGUUGUACCUCAAUAAAACGGUUUACAAAUAUUGAUGUCAAAAUAUCGUACAAACAACUACAAUAGAGAACAACGGCAUACGGUCGAAUCGGCCGCUGCUGGCACGUAUACGUAGACGUAGAGAGUCU